CAUUUUUAAAUGUCUACAAAAAUUAGCGCAGAUGGCAGCACACAUUUCUUUAUAACUUCAUUUGUUUACGUUUGGUUUUAUUAUCAAGUGAAGACACCCGAGGUGUUCUUGUGAACUGCUAACAUGGCAGAAGAUUCAGGCUCAGAGGAUAAGAUGGAAUCCAGCAACCAUACAUCAGAAGCAUCUGCCAAUCAUACCAGCCAUUCUGAUGCGGUUGCCAAGACAACAGACAAAGCAAGGCAGGAUGCAGAAGAUAAACCCAACAGCAAUACACGUAGGGACGUCCGUACAGACAAGCCUGGUAGUACUGGUGGUGCAGAAGAGGGAAGCGAAGCCUCGAGACCCCGAGCAGACAGAGACUGCGGUUGUUACGGAGGUAAAGGUGGAAGAGAGGAGGAGGGUGGAGAGGAAGAGGGUGGAGAGGAGGAGAAGACAAAGACAGACAGUGAUGCACAAAGGACAGAGAAUGAAAGAACUGAAAGUGGGAUGGAGGAAGGAGGAGAGGAAGGAGGAGAGGAAGGGAGGGAAGAUAGAGCAAGGAUGUCGAAGAGCGAUACCAGCAGUGACUCAGAAACGGAUUCUGACGAUGAAGGGUCAAAACUUGACAGCGAUCACGACAUCUCCAGCGACAUGGAGAAUGAAAUUCUGGGUAGGAAUCUGCCGCCGCCAAAAUCACACGCGCUUCAUGAGAUACGCGCCCGUGAGUUUGGACACUACCAGAGAUGCAGCUUGCCAUACUGUCUCAACUUCAUGGGAAGUGUCCCCCUGGCGAAAAGACUUGAUAAGUACUGUGAACUAAAGCACCAUGAGGGGUGUGUCAAUACCUUGCAUUUUAACCCAGCUGGCGAUCUUCUUGCUAGUGGAAGCGAUGAUUUGGAGAUUGUUCUGUGGGACUGGGCAAGGCAAAAGCCCAAACUCAUUUUUGAAAGUGGGCAUAGGAGCAAUGUUUUUCAAGCUAAGUUCAUGCCCUGCAGCGGCGAUGCAACACUGAUCAGCUGCGCUAGAGACGGGCAGGUCAGAGUGGCUGAACUUUCCACUACUGGGGUCUGCAAAGAGACUAAGAAGAUUGUUCAACACAAAGGAGCAGCACACAAGCUUGGUCUCUUGCCAGAUAGCCCAGUGGUGUUCAUGUCAUGCGGAGAGGAUGCAGCUGUCUACAAUAUUGAUCUGAGGGAACAAAAACACUCCAAGCUGAUGGUAGUGAAGGAGAACGACAGGAAAGUUGCCUUAUACACCGUAUAUGUCAAUCCAUCCAACAUCAACGAGUUCAUUGUGGGUGGCAGAGACCAGUAUGUAAGGGUUUAUGAUAAACGCAAGAUAACAGAUGAUGAGAACUCUGGCGUGAUGAAGAAGUUUUGUCCAGACUCUUUAAAGGAUAAUGAUCAAGUGAAGGCCAAUGUUACAUGCUGCCUCUACUCUUACAAUGGACAGGAAAUCUUAGCAAGCUACAAUGAUGAGGACAUUUAUCUGUUUGAUAGUUCCCAUAGCGACGGAGCUGACUUCACCCAUGCGUACAGGGGCCAUCGCAAUAAUGCCACAGUCAAAGGAGUCAACUUCUACGGUCCCAAGAGUGAGUACAUCGUCUCUGGUAGCGACUGUGGUAACAUCUUUCUGUGGGAGAAGGAGAGUGAGAAGAUAGUCCAGUACAUGCAGGGGGAUGUAGGGGGCGUGGUCAACUGCCUGGAGCCCCACCCCUUACUGCCUUGCCUAGCAACCAGUGGGUUGGAUCAUGAUGUGAAGGUGUGGCUUCCGACGAGGAAUGAGCCGACUCCGUUGGAUGGUCUAAAGAAGCUGAUGAUGACAAACAGAAGGGAACGUGAAGAGGAACGUGUGAGAGGACCAGAGUUUGAAGAUAAUGCCAUGCUCAGGUUUCUCAUGGCUCAUCUUAGACACAGAGCCAGGAGACAGGCAAGGGAGGCUGGUGAUCUAGAUAGCAGUGAUUCUGAUGAAACAAGUGAAUCUAGUGAAGAUCUUCCUACAGCACAGUGCGCAACAUCCUAGGAAAACAAAACAGAUUCACCAUGUAUGCAUGCAGCUAUGCUCUGUCUACAGCACAGUGCACUACACCCUAUGAAAAGGCUUAUAUUUACAUGGCUUCAUGUAACUAUUUAUUCAAGGAAUAGUCUGUUUUAUAAGCCUUGGACAUUUAUUUUUCAUUGCAUGGCUUAUCAUAGCUUUCACAUCACAGUGCACAACAUCCUAGCAAACUUCUUUUUCAUGGCUUUAAUCUUUUACAUUUGUUAUUGUCAGUUUGCAAUUUGUUUUCAAUAGAAAGAGAUGCCACAAGCCACAAGAAUGGAUGAAUGGUAUUAGUCAAGGAGAGCCGGGUUUUGUUUGGUUUAAAUCCGUAGCAGUUCAGUAUCACCUGCUGAGGGUUAAAAUGAUUUCAAAUGGACCAAUCUCUUGGCGCUUGACUGGAGAUGCGAAGGUCAAGGGUUCAAAUCCUGACACUAAUAUCCUUUGGCAAGACAUUAACCUGCACUUGCUACUCUCCACCUAGGUGUUAAAUAGGUACCCGGUAGGAUGCAAUCGUCAUUGUUGGUCAAACAGUUUUUGAGUGUCAAGUAACACCUGGCCGGAAUGCUCCCCUGGGAGUGGAGAUUGUGCACACAGCGUGUGGGGGCAAGCACUGAAUCCAAUGACCAGGUAAUAAUAUAUAUGUAAAGCACUUAGAGACAUUGUAUUAAGCGCUAUAUAAGCAGAAUAUUAUCAUUAUUAUUAUUAUUUCAUACCUAAGUGGAGGUGUUAUGGUCUAGGGGAUAAUAACCGUACUGUCGAUCACAAGGUACAGAUUCCCUGCCAUUUUCUUUGGCAAGACAUUAAUCUACAUUUGCCACUCUCGACCUACAUGUAGGUGUAGUAACUGGGUACCUGGUAGGAUUUAUUCCUGGAAUGUACUGAGCUCUUUGGUUGCCGGAAUCAAAGAUGGCGUUGUGAUUUUUUUGCUGAGUGUAUAUCAAUCGUCUGAUUGGGCUAUAUUUGCUUGAAGAGAUACUUUCAAUAUCUUAACCUUGCUUGGUUGAUACUGUGUAAGUGUUGGUUCUUCUCGAUCGAUGUAGGUGAAUUGUUUGGCGUUGAUCUUCACUGUUGAGUCUCUUGUUCAUUUUACUAUUUCUUGUAGUAAUACCCAUCAUCUAACA